UGAAUUGAGAAAAGGACACGGAUUUUUUUGAUUUUUUGAUUUUUUUUUUUCUUUUUUUUCAUAACGACAAGAGGGUUGUGGGAGAUCGAAUGAAUUGAUCAUCAUCAAUUGAGAACGGGAAGACUGUUUUGCAUUAUUCGUUAUAUAUACCUAGGUAGUAAGAUUACAUACGUUGGGUACGUUAUUGCACGAGCGGAAUUCUCUGGUAUAUCGUAUCGAGACUGUGCUGAGAGUCUUAUUUCCUUCCAACCGAAUCAUUCCCUGUCAUCUCGUUAUUUACGAAUCUCAGUCAUCCAUUUACCAAUCAAUUCAUCAUGACGACCAACAAAUUGCAAGUAUUCAAAUUUGGUGAUGGGGUCUGGGACCCGAGCCAUCGGUUUGUUACUUCGUGGUUGUUGUCUCCAUGGGCGCUUUUUGCUGUUAGAGCUUCAAUUUCCCUCUAUGCAUUUUUCGUCCUUCUCUUCUCCAUCUUUUGGGAAAUAGCUCGAUUACCCAACGGAGGCGCAACCGCCCGAUUCAGCUUCUCUUAUUUCACCAUCCUCUGCUACUGGGGCAUAUCCUUCUACUUCCUCUUCGCCGCCCUCCACACCUUCAGCUACGCACGCAGCGGCACCCCACUCCUCUCGCGCUUUCCGCGCCCCCUCCAAGCCCUGCACUCCCUCUACUACAGCAGCAUCAUCUGCUACCCCAUCCUGGUGACCAUCGUUUUCUGGGGCGUCAUCUUCCGGGUGUCGGUCCCCGUCGGCUGGUUCCCCACCGCCUUCGACGCCUGGUCCAACAUUUCCGAACACGGCCUCAACUCCCUCUUCGCCCUCUUCGAAAUCUGCAUCCCGCGCACCGCGUCGCCGCCGUGGAUUCAUCUCCUCUGGCUCAUUGCCAUUCUGGCCUGCUACCUGGGUCUCGCGUACGUCACGGUGGCCACGAAACAUCAAUACGUGUAUUCGUUCUUGAACCCGCAGGUGGCGCAGCAUGGCAUGGUGGCCGCGUAUGUGUUUGGGAUUGCGGUGGGGAUUUGUCUGAUUUUUGCGGUGGUGAAGGGCGCGGUUAGUGUGCGCGUGUGGGUGACGGAGACGAGGGGGGGGAGGAGAGGAAAGUUUGCAAAGGUGGGGGAGCUGCAGAUUGCGGAUGUGGAGAUGCAGAGGUUUGAGGGGAAGGCUUGAGAGGCGGUUGCGAGAUAAUUGAAAGAUUCUGGAGGAAAUGAGAAAGGUGGGAAUAACCCGCAUGAGUGCGUGACGACACAGAUGGGAUACGCAGAACGAGUAUACGAUAGAGAGGUAUGCGGUUCCUGGUUAUAAUACAUACAAUACGAUCAAGUAGUGGUAAUAAGCGGAUGGAUGGAUGAAAGACCCUCCUACCGACCUACCGAACUACCUACCGAACU